UGCGUAGUAAUGAUUUACAGUAACAAGUAAGAGCAGUGGAGUUGUUAAUGAUGUCUGUGCUUUGGUGACCUACAACUAUAGGGAGGCGAGGGCCACAUGUAAACCUCAUUACUCAAUUCAUAAAAAACACUGGAGCUAGUUAAUAUAUUUGAAAUGAACAGUAAACACACAAGAUAGACAUAUAAAUAGUAUAAUUGACUAUGUGUAAAUAACUGAAUUAAGCCACUCCAAAUGGUGUCAUUACUUGAUUGUAUGUAGCACAUUUCUCUCGUAAACGAAUUCACUGACAUUUUAGAAAUAUUGUUGCCUUUAUUUGUCUGUGGUCUGUGUGGCCAGGUCUCCACUGCGGAACCCUUUCACGUGGUUUACGUUUCUCUAUGCCGAGUAUAGUGACGGACCUUAGCUCCUCAACAUGCGCCAUUGACAUUAAACGUAUCCCAAACGGCGGGGGGCCAGUUUCUUUCAUUUUUUACUAGCUAGUCAGGGGCCGUAGCUCGUCUUAAGUAAACGUCCGCCUCAUUUUGAAACAAUGGAGACUAUUUUAGAGCAACAGCGUCGCUAUCACGAAGAGAAAGAGAGGCUAAUGGAUGCUAAAACGAAAGAAAUGUUGCACAAGAAGUCCACGCUGCGGGAACAGAUUAACUCUGACCAUCGAACAAGAGCAAUGUUGGAUAGGUAUAUGGAAGUGAGCGCAAAUCUCAGAGACUCCUAUGAAGACAAAGAUGGAAUGAGGAGGGAUGAACUUGCUGCCAUCUCAGGACCAAAUGAGUUUGCAGAGUUCUACAACAGACUGAAACAGAUAAAGGAGUUUCACAGAAAACAUCCAAAUGAGAUUUCCAUUCCCAUGUCAGCAGAGUUUGAAGAGCUGAUGAAGGCCAGAGACAACCCCAGUGAGGAGGCUCAGAACCUGGUGGAGUUCACUGACGAGGAAGGUUAUGGCCGUUACCUUGAUCUCCACGACUGCUACCUGAAGUACAUCAACUUGAAGGGAGCUGAGAAACCUGAGUAUAUCACUUACCUGUCUUCAUUUGACCAGCUGUUUGACAUCCCCAAGGACAGGAAAAAUGCUGAAUACAAAAAGUAUUUGGAGAUGCUGCUGGAAUACCUGCAGGACUACACGGACAGGGUCAAACCUCUGCUGGACCAGAACGAGCUCUACGGCAAAGUGCUGUCGGACUUUGAGAAAAAGUGGGAGAAUGGGACCUUUCCGGGCUGGCCUAAAGAGACAAGUAGUGCUUUGACACAUGCUGGAGCUCAUCUGGACCUUUCUGCCUUUUCUUCCUGGGAGGAGUUGGCCUCCUUGGGUCUGGACAGAUUGAAGUCUGCCCUCAUGGCAUUGGGACUGAAGUGUGGAGGGACUCUGGAGGAGAGAGCUCAGAGACUCUUCAGCACUAAAGGCAAAUCCCUGGAAUCACUGGACCCUUCACUGUUUGCCAAGAAUCCCAAAGCCAAAGGCCCAAAAAAAGACACGGAGCGUAACAAGGAAAUUGGUUUCCUGGAGGCUCAAGUGUAUGAAUAUGUGGAGAUCCUCGGGGAGCAGAGGCAGCUGACUCAUGAGAACGUGCAGAGGAAGCAGGCCAGGACCGGAGAGGAGCGCGAGGAAGAGGAGGAAGAGCAGCUCAGUGAGAGCGAGAGCGAAGAUGAAGACAACGAAAUCAUCUACAACCCCAAGAACCUGCCGCUGGGCUGGGACGGCAAGCCGAUUCCAUACUGGCUCUAUAAACUCCAUGGGCUGAACAUCAACUACAACUGUGAGAUCUGUGGAAACUACACUUACAGAGGACCCAAAGCCUUCCAGAGACACUUCGCAGAAUGGAGGCACGCUCAUGGUAUGCGCUGUCUUGGAAUUCCCAACACCGCUCACUUCGCCAACGUGACUCAGAUCGAAGACGCCGUCUCUUUGUGGGCAAAACUGAAGUCCCAGAAGGCUUCAGAGCGGUGGCAGCCAGACACAGAGGAGGAGUAUGAGGACUCGAUUGGAAAUGUGGUCAACAAGAAGACCUAUGAGGAUCUGAAGAGGCAAGGCUUGCUGUAGAUUGAAGCGAAUUUGAAUGAGUAGCGCAGAGGGAAUGAAAAGAUCUAACUUCUAAAGAGCGACCUCAAAAAUUUGCUAUACUUUUUAUCACUGAUUUCCCUGUUUCUUAUUAUUUGUAAGUAGUAGUGUUGUUUUACAGACUGUCCCACCCUCCAUUCCUCCAUUUGAUAAUUUUGUAAUGUGGCAACCAUUGACUAUUAUAAUAAACUCCUUACUUUUGA